AUGGAUCAGAGUGAGGACAGAGAGGAGGGAGCCCCUCCCUCUAAACCCUCUCUGUGUGAGGAACAUGACAGCCAGACCGAAGCUCAGAGCACAAGGAGGCAGCGCAGACCUGAACCUGGACCUGAACCUGAACCCAGUUGUGUGUCCCUCAAGAGUGACCGGUCCACGGGUGCUGUUAUUGACUUUAAACAAAGACAUUCAUCUGAUCAAAUGAUCCAGCAGAGACCAGACUCCCCUGGACCUGAACCCAGCUGUAUGUCCUUCAAGAGCGACAACUCAAAGGGCGCUGUUAUUGAUUUAAAACAGACACAUUCAUUUGACAACAUGAUCCAGCAGAGACCAGACUCCCCUGGACCUGAACCCAGUUGUUUGUCCUUCAAGAGCGACAACUCAAAGGGCGCUGAAAACAUCAGCAGGUUUAUGAAGAACGAGCUGAAGAAGAUGCAGAAGGUUCUGAGUCCAGAUUACACAGAAUGCUCAGAGAGUCAAAGGGAGGAUGAGGAGAUGUUGGACGGUGAGGAGGAAGAGCAGAGGAGGAGCAGUAGAGAUGCAUUGCUGAAGAUCACACUGCACUUCCUGAGGAGAAUGAAACAGGAGGAUCUGGCUGACUGUCUGGAGAUCAGUAAGAAGAUAUCGAUAAAGAAUUCAAUCAAGUCUAGCCUGCAGCAGAAGUUCCAGUGUCUGUUUGAGGGGAUCACUAAAGCAGGAAACCCAACCCUUCUGAAUCAGAUCUACACACCGCUCUACAUCACAGAGGGAGGGACUGCAGAGGUCAAUGAUGAACAUGAGGUCAGACAGAUUGAAACUGCUUUCAGGAAACCAGCCAGACCAGAAACUCCAAUCAGACAUAAAGAUAUCUUCAAAGCCUUACCUGGAAGAGAUGAACCAAUCAGAACAGUGAUGACAAAGGGAGUGGCUGGCAUUGGGAAAACAGUCUUAACACAGAAGUUCACUCUGGACUGGGCUGAAGACAAAGCCAACCAGGACAUACACUUCACAUUUCCAUUCACUUUCAGAGAGCUGAAUGUGCUGAAAGAGAAAAAGUACAGCUUGGUGGAACUUGUUCAUCACUUCUUUCCUGAAACCAAAGAAGCAGGAAUCUGCAGGUUUGAAGAGUUCCAGGUUGUGUUCAUCUUCGACGGUCUGGAUGAGUGUCGACUUCCUCUGGACUUCCACAACAAUGAGAUCCUGACUGAUGUUACAGAGUCCACCUCAGUGGAUGUGCUGCUGACAAACCUCAUCAGUGGGAAACUGCUUCCCUCCGCUCGCCUCUGGAUAACCACACGACCUGCAGCAGCCAAUCAGAUCCCUCCUGAGUGUGUUGGCAUGGUGACAGAGGUCAGAGGGUUCACUGACCCACAGAAGAAGGAGUACUUCAGGAAGAGAUUCAGGGAAAAGAAGCAGGCCAGCACCAUCAUCUCUCACAUCAAGACAUCACGAAGCCUACACAUCAUGUGCCACAUCCCAGUCUUCUGCUGGGUCACUGCUACAGUUCUGGAGGACAAAUUGAAAAGCAGAGAGAGAGGAGAGCUCCCCAAGACCCUGACUGAGAUGUACAUUCACUUCCUGGUGGUUCAGUCCAAACUGAAGAACAUCAAGUAUGACGGAGGAGCUGAGACAGAUCCACACUGGAGUCCAGAGAGCAGGAAGAUGAUUGAGUCUCUGGGAAAACUGGCUUUUGAGCAGCUGCAGAAAGGCAACCUGAUCUUCUAUGAAUCAGACCUGACAGAGUGUGGCAUCGAUAUCAGAGCAGCCUCAGUGUGCUCAGGAGUGUUCACACAGAUCUUUAAAGAGGAGAGAGGUCUGUACCGGGACAAGGUGUUCUGCUUCGUCCAUCUGAGUGUUCAGGAGUUUCUGGCUGCUCUUCAUGUCCAUCUGACAUUCAUCAACUCUGGAGUCAAUCUGCUAGCAGGAGAACAAACAACCUCCCAGAAGUCUGUAACUAAAGCCGAAUCUGCAAAGACACGUUUCUACCAGAGUGCUGUGAACGAGGCCUUAAAGUGUCGAAAUGGACACCUGGACAUGUUCCUUCGCUUCCUCCUGGGUCUUUCACUGAAGACCAAUCAGAUUCUCCUUCAAGGCCUGCUGACACAAACAGGAAGUAGCUCCCAAACCAAUCAGGACACAGUUGAGUACAUCAAGAAGAAGAUCAGUAAGAAUCUGUCUGCAGAGAGAAGCAUCAAUCUGUUCCACUGUCUGAAUGAACUGAAUGAUCGUUCUUUGGAGGACGAGAUCCAACAGUAUCUGAAAUCAGGAAGUCUGUCCACAGAUGGACUGUCUCCUGCUCAGUGGUCAGCUCUGGUCUUCAUCUUACUGUCAUCAGAAAAAGAUCUGGAUGUGUUUGACCUGAAGAAAUACUCUGCUUCAGAGGAGGCUCUUCUGAGGCUGCUGCCAGUGGUCAAAGCCUCCAACAAAGCUCUGCUGGGUGGCUGUAACCUCUCAAAGAGAAGCUGUGCAGCUCUGUCCUCAGUUCUCAGCUCCGAGUCCUCUAGUCUGAGAGAGCUGGACCUGAGUAACAACAACCUGAAAGAUUCAGGAGUGAAGGAGCUUUCUGCUGGACUGAAGAGUCCACACUGUACACUGAAAACUCUCAGGUCAGUAUAUCUGUUUGUGCUGAAAACAGGACAAUUUAAAUUCAACUUCACAUUGGGUGAUAUUGGAGAGUAAAGACCACUUGCAUUACUUUCCUUUGGUACCCAUCUCCAGCCCAUAGAUUUAACUUUCAUGCAUCUGCUCCUUUCAGGAUGUCUGAUCACAGAGGAAGGCUGUUCUUCUCUGGCUUCAGCCCUGAGUUACAACCCCUCCCAUCUGAGAGAGCUGGACCUGAGAUACAAUCAUCCAGGAGACUCAGGAAAGAAACUACUGUCUGUGGUUCUGGAGGAUCCAUACUGGAGACUGGACAUACUCAGGAUGGACAAUGGUGGAGUCUCCAGGCUGAAACCAGGUCUGCAGAAGUAUGCCUGUGAACUUGUAAUGGACCCAGAAACAGCACACAGAAACCUCUUCCUGUCUGACGACAACAGAAAAGUGAUAGCAGUGAGACAGCAGGAGUCACAUCCUGAUCAUCCACAGAGAUUCACCCACUGGAGACAGCUGCUGUGUAAAGAAGGUCUGACUGGUCGCUGUUACUGGGAGGUGAAGAGGAGAGGAGAAGCUCACAUAGCAGUGACAUACAAAGGAAUCAGAAAGGGGGGUGACAACAAAAUCUGUUUUCUUGGAGGGAAUUCUCUGUCCUGGAGUCUGAAAUGCUCUGAUGAUGGGUACUCUGCCAUUCACAAUGACAAAGAGACACAUGUACAUCCUCCCUACUCUCUGUCUAACAGACUUGCAGUGUAUCUCGACUGUCCUGCAGGCACUCUGUCUUUCUACGGAUUCUCAUCUGGUGCACUGGUCCACCUCCACACCUUUUACGCCACAUUCACUGAGCCUGUAUACCCUGCGUUUGGGUUCAGGUCUGAUGAUAAGUUUGGGUGUUUUGGUGCCUCAGUGUCUCUGUGUGAGCUCAUGGAUCAGAGUGAGGACAGAGAGGAGGGAGCCCCUCCCUCUAAACCCUCUCUGUGUGAGGAACAUGACAGCCAGACCAAAGCUCAGAGCACAAGGAGGCAGCACAGACCUGAACCUGGACCUGAACCUGAACCCAGCUGUGUGUCCCUCAAGAGCGACCGGUCCACGGGUGCUGUUAUUGACUUUAAACAAAGACAUUCAUCUGAUCAAAUAGUGGACCAGGAGAGCUCAGAGGUUCCCAGUGGUCAGUCUGCCCAGCAGCAUCAAACAGACCUGGACUCCAUAUUUAUGCUGCUGGAGGAAAACAUCAGCAGGUUUAUGAAGAACGAGCUGAAGAAGAUGCAGAAGGUCCUGAGUCCAGAUUACCCAAAAUGCUCAGAGAGUCAGAGGGAGGAUGAGGAGAUGUUGGACGGUGAGGAGGAAGAGCAGAGGAGGAGCAGUAGAGAUGCAUUGCUGAAGAUCACACUGCACUUCCUGAGGAGAAUGAAACAGGAGGAUCUGGCUGACUGUCUGGAGAUCAGAACUCGUGCUGACAGGUGUCAGUGUAAACUCAAGUCUAACCUGCAGCAGAAGUUCCAGUGUCUGUUUGAGGGGAUCACUAAAGCAGGAAACCCAACCCUUCUGAAUCAGAUCUACACACCGCUCUACAUCACAGAGGGAGGGACUGCAGAGGUCAAUGAUGAACAUGAGGUCAGACAGAUUGAAACUGCUUUCAGGAAACCAGCCAGACCAGAAACUCCAAUCAGACAUAAAGACAUCUUCAAAGCCUUACCUGGAAGAGAUGAACCAAUCAGAACAGUGAUGACAAAGGGAGUGGCUGGCAUUGGGAAAACAGUCUUAACACAGAAGUUCACUCUGGACUGGGCUGAAGACAAAGCCAACCAGGACAUACACUUCACAUUUCCAUUCACUUUCAGAGAGCUGAAUGUGGUGAAAGAGAAAAAGUACAGCUUUGUGGAACUUGUUCAUCACUUCUUUCCUGAAACCAAAGAAGCAGGAAUCUGCAGGUUUGAAGAGUUCCAGGUUGUGUUCAUCUUCGACGGUCUGGAUGAGUGUCGACUUCCUCUGGACUUCCACAACAAUGAGAUCCUGACUGAUGUUACAGAAUCCACCUCAGUGGAUGUGCUGCUGACAAACCUCAUCAGUGGGAAACUGCUUCCCUCUGCUCGCCUCUGGAUAACCACACGACCUGCAGCAGCCAAUCAGAUCCCUCCUGAGUGUGUUGGCAUGGUGACAGAGGUUAGAGGGUUCACUGACCCACAGAAGAAGGAGUACUUCAGGAAGAGAUUCAGGGAAAAGAAGCAGGCCAGCACCAUCAUCUGUCACAUCAAGACAUCACGAAGCCUCCACAUCAUGUGCCACAUCCCAGUCUUCUGUUGGAUCACUGCUACAGUCCUGGAGGACAAAUUGAAAAGCAGAGAGAGAGGAGAGCUGCCCAAGACCCUGACUGAGAUGUACAUUCACUUCCUGGUGGUUCAGUCCAAACUGAAGAACAUCAAGUAUGACGGAGGAGCUGAGACAGAUCCACACUGGAGUCCAGAGAGCAGGAAGAUGAUUGAGUCUCUGGGAAAACUGGCUUUUGAGCAGCUGCAGAAAGGCAACCUGAUCUUCUAUGAAUCAGACCUGACAGAGUGUGGCAUCGAUAUCAGAGCAGCCUCAGUGUAUUCAGGAGUGUUCACACAGGUCUUUAAAGAGGAGAGAGGUCUGUACCGGGACAAGGUGUUCUGCUUCGUCCAUCUGAGUGUUCAGGAGUUUCUGGCUGCUCUUCAUGUCCAUCUGACAUUCAUCAACUCUGGAGUCAAUCUGCUAGCAGGAGAACAAACAACCUCCCAGAAGUCUGUAACUAAAGCCGGAUCUGCAAAGACACGUUUCUACCAGAGUGCUGUGAACGAGGCCUUAAAGAGUCGAAAUGGACACCUGGACAUGUUCCUUCGCUUCCUCCUGGGUCUUUCACUGAAGACCAAUCAGAUUCUCCUUCAAGGCCUGCUGACACAAACAGGAAGUAGCUCCCAAACCAAUCAGGACACAGUUGAGUACAUCAAGAAGAAGAUCAGUAAGAAUCUGUCUGGAGAGAAAAGCAUCAAUCUGUUCCACUGUCUGAAUGAACUGAAUGAUCGUUCUUUGGAGGACGAGAUCCAACAGUGUCUGAAAUCAGGAAGUCUGUCCACAGAUGGACUGUCUCCUGCUCAGUGGUCAGCCCUGGUCUUCAUCUUACUGUCAUCAGAAAAAGAUCUGGAUGUGUUUGACCUGAAGAAAUACUCUGCUUCAGAGGAGGCUCUUCUGAGGCUGCUGCCAGUGGUCAAAGCCUCCAACAAAGCUCUGCUGGGUGGCUGUAACCUCUCAAAGAGAAGCUGUGCAGCUCUGUCCUCAGUUCUCAGCUCCGAGUCCUCUAGUCUGAGAGAGCUGGACCUGAGUAACAACAACCUGAAAGAUUCAGGAGUGAAGGAGCUUUCUGCUGGACUGAAGAGUCCACACUGUACACUGAAAACUCUCAGCCUUUCAGGAUGUCUGAUCACAGAGGAAGGCUGUUCUUCUCUGGCUUCAGCUCUGAGUUCCAACCCCUCCCAUCUGAGAGAGCUGGACCUGAGAUACAAUCAUCCAGGAGACUCAGGAAAGAAACUACUGUCGGUGGUUCUGGAGGAUCCACACUGGAGAGUGGACACACUCAGGAUGGACAAUGGUGGAGUCUCCAGGCUGAAACCAGGUCUGCAGAAGUAUGCCUGUGAACUUGUAAUGGACCCAGAAACAGCACACAGAAACCUCUUCCUGUCUGACGACAACAGAAAAGUGACAGCAGUGAGACAGCAGGAGUCAUAUCCUGAUCAUCCACAGAGAUUCACCCACUGGAGACAGCUGCUGUGUAAAGAUGGUGUGACUGGUCGCUGUUACUGGGAGGUGGAGAGGAAAGGAGAAGCUCACAUAGCAGUGACAUACAAAGGAAUCAGAAAGAGGGGAGACAGUAAACUCUGUUUUCUUGGAGGGAAUUCUCUGUCCUGGAGUCUGAAAUGCUCUGAUGAUGGGUACUCUGCCAUUCACAAUAACAAAGAGACACAUGUACAUCCUCCCUUCCCUCCGUCUAACAGACUUGCAGUGUAUCUCGACUGUCCUGCAGGCACUCUGUCUUUCUACGGAUUCUCAUCUGGUGCACUGGUCCGCCUCCACACCUUUUACGCCACAUUCACCGAGCCUGUCUACCCUGCGUUUGGGUUCAGGUCUGAUGAUAUGUUUGGGUAUUUUCGUCCCUCAGUGUCUCUGUGUAAGCUGUGA